AUGAGCACCAGCAGCCCCGCAUGCCACGUCGCGGCGGCCGGACACAUGACUCACUAUCCUGCCGCGCCCUACCCGCUGCUCUUCCCGCCCGUCAUCGGCGGGCUUUCCCUGCCCCCGCUCCACGGCCUGCACGGCCCGCCGCCUCCGAGUGGGUGCAGCACCCCUUCACCUGCAACGAUUGAGACCCAGAGCACCAGCUCCGAGGAACUGGUCCCAAGCCCCCCGUCUCCGCUCCCGCCGCCCCGCGUGUACAAGCCCUGUUUCGUCUGCCAGGACAAGUCAUCGGGGUACCACUAUGGGGUCAGCGCCUGCGAGGGCUGCAAGGGCUUUUUCCGCAGAAGUAUUCAGAAGAACAUGAUUUACACUUGUCACCGAGAUAAGAAUUGUGUUAUUAAUAAAGUCACAAGGAAUCGAUGCCAGUACUGUCGGCUCCAGAAGUGCUUUGAAGUGGGGAUGUCCAAAGAAUCGGUCAGGAAUGACAGGAACAAGAAGAAGAAGGAGCCUUCGAAGCAGGAGUGCCCGGAGAGCUACGAGAUGACGGCCGAGCUGGACGACCUCACCGAGAAGAUCCGCAAGGCGCACCAGGAAACCUUCCCCUCGCUCUGCCAGCUGGGCAAGUAUACCACGAAUUCCAGCGCUGACCAUCGAGUCCGGUUGGACCUGGGCCUCUGGGACAAAUUCAGUGAACUGGCCACCAAGUGCAUUAUUAAGAUCGUGGAGUUUGCCAAACGCCUGCCAGGUUUCACCGGCCUGACCAUCGCAGACCAGAUCACCCUGCUGAAGGCCGCCUGCCUCGACAUCCUGAUUCUCAGAAUCUGCACCAGGUACACCCCAGAGCAGGACACCAUGACGUUUUCGGACGGCCUGACGCUGAAUCGGACCCAGAUGCACAACGCCGGCUUUGGCCCUCUGACCGACCUAGUGUUCACCUUCGCCGGCCAGCUCCUGCCGCUGGAGAUGGACGACACGGAGACCGGCCUUCUCAGCGCCAUCUGCCUGAUCUGUGGAGACCGCCAGGACCUUGAGGAACCAACAAAAGUAGAUAAGCUACAAGAACCACUGCUGGAAGCACUGAAAAUUUACAUCAGAAAGAGACGGCCCAGCAAGCCUCACAUGUUCCCAAAGAUCCUGAUGAAGAUCACAGACCUCCGCAGCAUCAGCGCGAAAGGUGCGGAGCGUGUAAUUACCUUGAAGAUGGAAAUCCCUGGCUCGAUGCCGCCGCUCAUUCAGGAAAUGCUGGAGAACUCUGAAGGACACGAGCCCUUGACCCCCAGCUCCAGCGGGCACACGGCAGAGCCCAGCCCCAGCGUCUCCCCCAGCUCCCUGGAGCCCAGCGGCGUCGGCCAGUCCCCGCUGCUGCAGUGA